UUCGUGGGGAAUAAAACAGAUAAGAUCACUCAUCAUUCUAAUAGUGUCAUUCUAGAACUUUAAAAGAUUGAGAAAGAUUUAAAUUUCGCGUGAGUUUUGGAACGAUUAUAUAUUUAUCUUAACGCUUUCUUCGAAAAUCUAAUCACAAUAAAAUUAUUGUUUUUUUGCAGCAACGUAUUCUUUCGGCUGAAGAUAAAAAAAAUAAAUUUUUAUCACCUUUUUGAUUGCGAAUUAGUUUUGCGGUUGUUAAAGUUAUUGUGUUUCAAUGAAAUUUAAUUAUGCAACCCAGGAAGGGUUAACAAAAAAAUCACAUUUUUGCCAGUUCUUGGAGAAAAUUAUGGUCUGUUGCUGUGCUAAACUUGGCCACAAAAGUGCACGACGAAAAGCCUGCUGUCCUGCUGCCUUCAGGGCAAGUGCAGGACAAACAGAAUCAUCGUACCCACCUUCUACAUGUUCCGCGCCAAAGGUCAUGGUGUACACGGAUGCAGCGACCAAUAACAUGGAAAGUCAUGGCGAAAUGGCAGCAUCAUCGCUGGAGAAGGCGAAAGCGACUACUGUCCUCCACCCUUAUACGCAGCAAGUUGGAGGACACACACAACUACUCAUGCUCGACAGGAGUACUCUCUGCAAACCUCUUAUUCUGAGAGAGUUACAUUUUUAUUUGAAUGUCCCUCGUACCAUGAGGAGCUUCAUUCCAAAAUAUAAAGGUGUUAUUCAAGUGCAUGAAAUGGAUGAUAAAACAACGGUGUAUCACCCUGUAAAAAGUCGCAGAAGAGAGGAAAGAACACUAAGUUGCAGAAGUUCUGAAAUGAGAGUGAAAAUAAAUUCCUGCAGUGAUAAAAAAUUGGUCAAAGAACGUCAUCUUAAUGGCUCUAAUUCUAGAUAUUUUUUGUUGCUAGAGAACAUAGCAUCGAAUUUUCACCACCCUUGCAUUCUUGAUUUGAAAAUGGGCACCAGAAUGCACGGAGAUGAUGCUUCACCCGAUAAAGCUAGCAGCCAGAUAGCUAAAUGUGCAGCUAGCACUUCUGCUAGGCUUGGUGUUCGUUUAUGUGGAAUGCAGGUCUAUCAAGCUAAAUACGAAGGAUAUCUGUGGAAAGACAAAUACUACGGUCGAACAUUAGACGAAAGUGGUGUCCGUAAAGCUCUGCACCAAUUUUUCCACAACGGUCUGUAUUUAAAUUCCUCUGUGAUUGAUAGGGUAUUGGAGUACCUGAUAGAAUUAAGAGAGGCCGUCGAAAAGCAACAAACUUUCCGCUUCUAUUCCAGUUCUCUUUUGAUACUAUACGAAGGCUGUGUUAAAAAAAAUAAGCACCCCUUCUUCAUUCCCUGCGAGAGUGAAAGCUCCUGCUUCGAGGACAUGAUGGACGACGAAUCUUCGCUCGAGAGCAGCAACGAUUCUACUUCUGCCAGCGCCUCUCUGUCGUGGCGCAGGCAGUCUGCCGAAAACAAGAAGUGCAAAGAGUCCCACGGGCCGGAUGUCGACGUGCGCAUGAUCGAUUUUGCGCACACCACGUACGAAGGUUACGAUGGUGAUACGACCAUCCACAAUGGACCAGACACUGGUUAUUUGUUAGGUUUAGAUAACCUCAUACGCCUCUUGAGGGAGGUGGAAGAUAUGGAAAUCUAGUUCUGUUCUUUCUCCUGUGUUCAAAACGGACUUGUCUCGAGAGAUUUACUAUCACCGUCUUUAUUUCUCGGACACUGAUUUAACUUAAUUUUUUAAAACAAGGGCAGUUAAUGUAUAUUCACUUAGGAAAGAAUAAUUUUUAUUCCUACAUCAAGAUAGGCCCUUUUCAGUGAUGUUUUAAAAUGUAUAAAAGGGCCAUUAUGUAGUAGUAUUAAAGACUGAUCGACUUUUUAUUUAUGUAGUUAAAAAUUUUGUGAUCACAAAAAAGUUCAAAGCUGAGACUGUUCAAAGACUGCCAUUGCAUUAAAUAAACUUUUUCUUUUAUUCACACCUUGCUGUAUUCUGAAAUAAGUUGAUAUUUUUUUUUUAAAUUCCUUCACAAGGAACAACUGUUUUUAUGUAUAUAGACUAUCUGUGAUAAUAGUGAUAUGUUUAUACUUCCAUUUUUUUUGUCAGUGUAUAUAUAUAUAUAUAUUAUUUAUGCAUCAGAGUAGCUUCAUGUUAUGUAUUUUUGAUUGAUGGAAGUUUGCCUUUUUUAGCUGAACAAAUGUAUGUGUAUCUUUUUUUUUCAUUUUGUUUGUUAUCCCGGUUGAUUUUUUUUUGACCUUGGUUCAUUUUUAAUAUUUCAGAGAUGCCCAACUUGCUCCGCUUUGUAAAAAAGAAAUAUUUCCUAGGUAUUAAAUUUAAGUUAUUGAAUUAUUCAGGGUGCAUAGCUUUUCUUUAAAGGUGCUUAUUUUUUUAAAGCCCUUAAAGGUGCUUUUUUCCAUUGCGUGUUUUUAAGAAAGUCCUUAAUGUUCCCUUUUUCAAAAUGAGAUUUUUUUGAUCAUGUAUGUUUCAGCUACGAAUUAUUCAAAAAGUGUUGUUUUCAUACAAUGUUUCUACUCAAUGUUUUCACAAUUCAUUCAACCACUAUGAUUAUAUUAUUAGGAUAUGCACAUUAAUAAGAAAAUUUAUCUUCCUAUUAUUAAACGUUCAUUAUAUAUAUAUUCACAUAUAUAUAUUUUCAUAUAUAUAUCUAAUAUAAACUUUCAAUAAUAGGAAGGAAAUGUUUUUUAUUAGUGCUCAUAUCCUAAUUAUAUUUGAGGAGAUUUCUGUAUCGUGACCUGUGGCAGAAUAAUCGCCAGUUCUUGGCAACUUCCGGGCAGCAACCCGCGAGUAAUUUACAAAAAAAACAUCACAGGAAGGGACCAACUUGAAUGGUUUAACUCGUCGCCAUCCCUGGGCAAACAUCUAUUUUUUUUAAAAGAAAUUUUGCAAGUUUAAAAUCUAUUUGGCACCAUGGCAAUUGUAGUUGACGUGACAGAUCCCCAAAUAUCCCCUUAUAUAUAUUUUUUAAAUAUAGAGUUUAAGAAUAUUUUUUCAGUGCUUGAAAAGUGCUUUAGAGAUGUUUAUUUUUUGUUCUAAAAUUUGUGCCUGCACCCUGUAAUUUUUCCACCAGGUCGUAUCUAAAAUUCAAAGUAUCAUAUGAAAAGCAACUUUAUUGCAGUUAUAUCAUGGUGAUACUUAUAAAGAGUGGGAAUAACUAUUCUUAUUCUACAAAUUUUACUAUUGAAUUCGUUACCCAAUUAAUUAAAAC